CUUGGAUCGCGUUGCCCAGCGAGCGAACCAACGACGACGACUCCGACGUCCCUUUCCACUGCAGUCCUGGUUGAAGUGAACCGAAGUGUUGAUUAGGCGCUUUUAUUGGUGAAGGUUGUUUUGUUUCGAGCGCGAGUGCGUCCGGGUCCCGCGUGCCUACAUUAUUGGUGCCCCUUUUACGUUCACGUUGUGGUCAUGUGCUACAAACUGCAACUGCAGCCGCUGCACCGUUGAGGGACGGGCCAACCAAUAACAACUGUUGCUAUUAAUUCAAAAUUUCCGUUUGUUUCCCUGAAUAACCGUCGAAAGAUGUGGUUUUGAAAAGAUCCCCAUCGGAAUCCAUGAAUGAACGACACACACAGCUUGGGCGACAAUGUGACGUGAAGUGGUUGAUGUUUGACAGCCAACACUGGCACACUGGAAAAAAAAUUAAACGCCCACUUUUAUGGGUUGGGAUUUAGUUACAGUAAAUGUUGAUUAAAAUUGUGGGUGUACGAGUUGUGCUUCGAUUCGAGGCUCGGAAUGACCAAGUGCAUCAUUUGCAUUAGCAGCACGAGUACCGCGAACCGUCAUAAACGAAUGUGAGUGAAACGAAAAGAAAAACAGUGGAAGUGCGGAUCAAAUUCGAAUGAAUUUUAUUCCAUUGUCGAUCGCGAGACGGUGCUGCGUAGAAUAGUGAAUGGGUAGUGGAAGGAAGCGAAAAUUGACGAGUUGUCAACCUCUACGGCAGUUUUAGAAACAAAGCGGAAAAGUACAUCGACAGAAACGGCGACGAUGUGUGGAAUAGUGAAAAUUUUAGUGCAGCAACAGCAACACGGUACAGGAAGAGAGGAAAACAAUUAGAAAACAAAAGGCACGCAAAUCAUUAAACAGCGGAUAACAGCAGAUCGACCAAAACCCACUCUCGCGCUAUCCACCGACCAAACGAAAGUGCAAGUUUCGUUCGGAUGUGUUUCUGUGGUUCAUGAACCAGCCGCAGUGGGAGCGCAAUCCCGUCGACCAACGAAACAAAACAGCAUCGACCAAAUAUUUAAAAAAUAAGCCCAAACCAACCAGCAAGCAUCGAAAUUUCUUCUCGCCCAAAUAGCGCCGAUUUCAACUGACAUUAAAUGAAACACCUCAACGAAUAGACUCGAACUAAUUUUAACCGAGCCCCGGCCAUAGUAACAACCGUAUCCCGCACCGUUUAACUGAGAAAUUUAAGGAAACAAGAUCGCGCUUGGAGGGGGAGGUGCGGAUCGAGAUAAACGAGUUUUAGGGUGCAUUGUUUUGAAAGUUCCUCCCUUCUCACACCUCACAGCUGCAAAAUUAACUACUGCAGCUUAUCCCUUCGAUGUUUUUUUUUCUGUGAACUAAUGUAACCAAAACGAGCAGAAAUGACUAAUAAGUGCUUUGUGCGGCGCUGAAGAAAAUGAUCGUAACAAAGGAAAGUGAUAUUAAAAGUGAAAUUAACGCGAGCACGGCAGAAGCACCAGUAACAUAAAAAACGACUAUAAUUAAUUAAACAAUAAACGACGACGACGACCGCGACCGCGGGUAAUCAUGUUCCUCCGCUGUGCGAAGCACCCGCCGCAUCCAACGUUGUCGGUCUGAGGUGAAAUCGAUCGAGUCUGGGUACCCACGGUUGCACGCAAAUUGUGCUUCCCACCUCGAACCACUUGGCGCAUAACAAUCGACAACCAGCAGCGGGCUCAGGCUACGCUACGUCAUGCUGGAACCGGAGCUGUACGGUGGAAACGGAGUGUCCGAUCAUCAUCACCACUUCAAGAAUCACCAUCGGCACUACCACGGCCAUCACCACCACCACCAUCCGCACGAGCGAGGGUCCUCUUCCGGCGAACGGAAGUCGUCAUCUUCGUCGAGGUCCUCACCGCGGGGACACCUCCAUCAUAGCAGCAGUCCCGGGGAGAAGCUGAAGUAUCAGAAUGCGUUCAGUGAUCGGGGAUCAUCGGAUGGGUACUUCCGGUACUAUCCCCAUCAGCAUGGUAGCUAUUAUGAUCUGAGUGACAAGCUGGACAGUUUGAAUCACAAGUCGGAAAGUGGGAGUGAAUCGAGGGUUAAGAAUGACAGCAACAAUAACAGCAGCGCAAACAACAACAGUGCGAGUAGUGCCUUGAGCAAUGGGGGGAGUGAGGGCGGGAGUAGCGGAAGCCGGAAGAAGACGACGGUGGUUUAUGUGGGGGAUGGGAGAAGUCGGGUUCGAAGGGUGGUGCGAACGCAAACCCGCCAUAUCACGGUGGUAAGCUACUCGGGCAGGAAAAAGGAUACGGAAACGCACACAACGCAUCAUGCUACGGUUUUGAGCUUUCCACAAAAGAUCGAUCGUCCGGCGCAGAUUUACUCGACACAUCACCACCACCCCGGCAGCAGUGGUGGCAACGGCAGUAUCCUGACCAGUGGUGCCAUCAGCAGCAGCAAUGCGAGCAGCCUCUGCGGGGGAUCGACCGGUGGUAGCAGCGGGGCUGUGGCCACUGCCACCGGUGGCUACGUCUACCUGCCGCAGACCACGACCCAAACCCAGCACCAGCAUUACGUGUCCCCGCAGCAGCUUGCCUACCACCAUCAUCACCAGCAGCCGCCGCCCAACAGUUACCACAGCCAUCAGCUGGCCGGCCACCAGACGAUCACCACCCCGACGCUGCACAAGAAGGGCUCGAUCCGCAGCAACGGCGAGGUGCUCAAGCGGACGCGCGUUCAGAAUGCGUAUGAACUGUCGCAGGAUCUGUUGGACAAGCAGAUCGAGCUACUGGAGCGGAAGUACGGUGGCGUUAAGGCGCGUAACGCAGCCCUCACCAUCCAGCGGGCGUUCCGGCACUACACCAUGGUGAAGAAGUUUGCCUCCAUUACGGCCAUGGCCAAGGCCGAGAAACGCAUGAGCCGGCGGGUGCAGCACCAGCAGCAACAGGCGGCGGAGCUGGAAUUGAUGCACCAGCAGCAGUUGCUCCAGGGCCAUAUCGCGGAGGACGGGCAGCAGUACGAGGAUGGCAGUCUUGUCGGCGGACAGCGUGUUUGUGCCACGAUCUCCGCCACCCCGCCGGGAACGCUGCACCACCGGAUGACGCCGGCCCGUUCCAUGUCCCUUCGUGAACGCCGUCUGGACAGCAGUCCGAUUCCGCGCAGUCAAUCCGGAAACGCCUCACCAGCUCCACCUGCCAACAGUUCCUGGUCCCAGAGUCCGAUGCCUGCGGCCGUUGCCACUGGAUCACCCCAGCAACAACAACAGCAGCAGCAGUACUCGCACCCGCAUGUAAAUAUCCUGCACCAGCAGCAACAGCACUACUACAGUACCGGAGGAAUUACUUCGUCCUCGCCCCACCAACAGCUGCAACAGUACCAAAGUCAAUACGGGUCCCAGGAUCUGAACGUCAGCGGCGGCAGUUCCGUGCUGGACUCGACCAUCUCGUCGAUGAAUCUGUCCUGGAACAGUGGUUCCGGAGCGGCCAUCGUUGCCACCGCUGGCGGUGUACACCAAAGUCCCUACACGCCACAUUACACGGCCGCACAGAUCUACAUGCGCCCCCGGGGAAUUGGCAUCGGAAGCUCCGGUGGCAGUUCGGGAUCAGCUGCCAGCAGCAGCAGUGCCAGUCGCAAAGUGCCACCGGAAGUACCAAAGAGAACGUCUAGCAUCACCUCCCAGCACACACCCAAUCGGUCACUGAGGCCUAACGGUCUCUGCAAAACGGCCGAGAAUGGUUCGCUCAGCUCGGUGCAAUCUUCUGGCAGCGAUUCUUCAGCCUCUGCCGAACGGAUACAAGGUGUUGGAGAAAUUGGAUCGGACCGAUCCAGCUCUCCCCAAUGGAAACGGAAGGGUCCGGGAAGUAGCAGUGGAAGUGCCACCGGGAUCGUCAUGACCGCUCAGAGUCCGGAUCAUAUGAUCGGACCGACAACGGGCGCCGGAGCACAGAGUGGCAGCAGUGCCAACGUCACUAUCAGCAGCUUGGAAAACGAAUGCCUCAGCUCACACACCAGCGCCGCGCAGUAUUCAAUGGAGCAGCACGACCACAUCGUGCAGACGCCAACCAGCUACAAAGUAUCUGAGACGAUCCGAAAGCGGCAGUACCGGGUUGGACUGAAUCUGUUUAACAAAAAGCCCGAACGAGGUAUCACCUACCUCAUCCGCAAGGGCUUCCUGGAGAACACCCCGCAAGGUGUUGCCCGGUUUCUCAUUUCUCGAAAGGGACUUUCUCGUCAGAUGAUUGGCGAGUACCUUGGAAACCUGCAGAACCAGUUCAAUAUGGCCGUGCUGGACUGCUUCGCCGGUGAGCUGGAUCUCUCCGGGAUGCAGGUGGAUGUUGCUCUGCGCAAGUUCCAGGGUUACUUCCGAAUGCCGGGGGAGGCACAAAAGAUCGAGCGACUGAUGGAGGUCUUCUCGGCGCGGUACUGCCAGUGCAACACGGACAUUGUGGCGCGGUUACGUUCCAACGAUACGGUGUUCGUACUGGCCUUCGCCAUCAUCAUGCUCAACACAGAUCUGCACACACCGAAUCUGAAGCCGGAACGGCGGAUGCGCUGCGACGAUUUUAUAAAGAAUCUGCGUGGCAUCGACGACUGUCACGACAUUGAUCGGGACAUGCUGACCGGCAUCUACGAGCGAGUGAAGGCGAACGAGUUCAAGCCGGGCUCGGAUCACGUGACGCAGGUGAUGAAGGUCCAGGCGACGAUCGUGGGGAAGAAACCGAACCUGGCGCUUCCGCAUCGGCGGUUGGUGUGCUACUGUCGGCUGUACGAGAUACCGGAUAUCAACAAGAAGGAGCGACCGGGGGUGCACCAGCGAGAGGUGUUCCUGUUCAACGAUCUGCUUGUGAUUACCAAGAUCUUCAGCAAAAAGAAGAGCUCGGUGACGUACACGUUCCGGAAUAGUUAUCCGCUGUGCGGAAUGGUGGUCACGCUGCUGGAUGUGCCGAACUACCCAUACUGCAUCCGACUAUCGCAGAAAGUCGACAACAAGGUGCUGGUCACAUUCAACGCCCGCAAUGAGCACGACCGGUGCAAGUUCGCCGAGGACCUCCGGGAGUCGAUCAGCGAGAUGGACGAAAUGGAAACCCUGCGCAUCGAGGCGGAGCUGGAGCGACAAAAGUCGGCCCGCGGCCAACGUGGCGGUGCCAACAGUGAGAACCGCGACUCGGGCGUGGCGGACGUCGAAGUUUGCGCCGGACAGUUCCACCAUCACCAUCAAGGUAGUGGCCCGAUCGGCGGCGGCGUUUCACCUAGCGAAUGCGGAAUUGCACACACACAUAGCGAAGCACAGUUGAAGCGAAGCGCUCUUAGCAAUUCACUCUUAGAUAUGCACGAACAAUUUGGUAAUGAGAAGCCGCAACGGCGUGGUAGUGUUGGCUCGCUAGAUAGUGGCAUGUCGAUCUCAUUUCAAUCCACCUCGGCAAGCACGGGCUCACGUAGUGACAUUAAGGUACGAAUGCUGCCCCAUAGCAACACAUCCGGUCAGAUCAUAAUGCAUGCCGGCCAGCAUGCUACCGCCCUGAUGGGUGCCAUCUACCACCAGCAAAUAGUGCAACAACACGUGCCGCCAGCAGCGGCAUCCGCACCAGCCGCGCAACCAAUCAACGGACAAAUUCCACAGCAGCAGCACCUGAUUCCGACACAGCCAAAUCAGUUGUCGGCGUCGUCCCAGCAGCCUCCGAUGACGCGACGGGAGCGAAAACUCUCCCGCUCCGAAGAGAGCGCUACGUUGGCAGCGGCCAAUGGAAGUGCACCCGCCGCAGGUCCCAACUAUGGACGCUCAACGGAAGUUUAGGCUUCCUAUCAAAUGAUUCAACCGAGUAAAAGAAUAUAAUUCUAUUGUACCGAAAAUAAUGUGUAAAUAUAGAUACUGUCUGUCAUGCAUCAAUCGCAAGAAACACAAACCAAAUCUGUUUCCUAGAGUUAUUAGGUAGAUGUUUUUCAUAAGUCGCGCAAACCACAAAGUUGUAAGCAGAUAUACGCGAAAUUGAUUCUCCACAUUGGUUGUCAUGUUUAGAACACUUCCCUUCCAACAAUAGAUAACCACGGUUCUUCAUUUAUCGUUAGUUAUAAAAAUAGGCUACCGAAGCGGCGAAAUCCAGUACAUUUGAAUUGUCUUCCUAAGGCGUCCAUAUGAAGGAAAUAGAACAGUAUCAUAGAAUAUAUGCUACUUGUCGAGUAACAUAAGUUACUUGAUGAGCCUUGUCGUUCGAUAAGUCCUAUUUAUUGUGAGUUUAAUAUUGAUGGUAAAUGAAGCAACGUGGCAACCAUUCUAUCGGUAAUCUAUUAGCACCCGUUAGAUUCAGCCAUAGUAUUAUAGGUGUUUCGACCCUACAAAUCAACCUACCCCAUAAGCAAUAGCAAAACAAUAAUACAUCUGACAAAAUUGAUUUCCCAAGUUCCUUUUAUAGGUGUGUUGAAUCUUCUUCUCUCGGGAUUAAAAUCUAUAUACAAAACGAUAGGAAUUGUGCAUGUAAAUAGUUAGGAUCGAUGUUCCCAAUAUCCAGCUCACCCAUCAAUUCCCUUAAGCCUAAACAAACAUCUUUUAACAUAAUAGCUAAUGUAAUUCCGCUCAGUUUGUUGGUUCUCGACCACAGAAAACAAAUUAAUCUAUUUGUGAAAUCAUUUAAAAGCAUACAAAUAGUACGCCUAGAUUCAGAAAAAAAAAACAAUAAUAUAUUGACUUAAAUUAACAAACGAGGAAUCGCCUCCGCGCCAAUCGGAAUCGUGCUUGAGAUAUUGCGAAGGAACCUACUCGAAGCGACGAGGUGGAUUUAUUUUUGUAUCAUAUUAACCCCAGAUAAAGGCGGGACAAAACAAAAUACGCGUUUACCAAUUACAAAACAAUACAAACCCUGUAUAUUAUUUUCUAUUGUGUAAGCCUAAUGGACCCUUAUUAUUAGACAGCAGCAAAGUGAAAAGGCAAAAGGUGAGAAGCUUGAAAGUCAAGGAUUUUGCGAGCAACGUCCCCGUCCUGCGAUUCUAACCAAAUCGUAAAAUGACGGAGACAUUGACUAGUGAUGAAGUCCUUGCUCUGUGACAAAGCCAAUCUGGAACGUUGUAUAUUCGCUGGGAAAUUAUUGUUUUAUGAUUUGUAACCAUGGGUUAGAAGCUGUGGAAAGUGAGCGGAUUUGAAGAGCGGUUUUCUUAGGAUACGUCCUAUCGAAAGUACGGUCUUGUAUCAUUUAAGUAAGGUGUAGGCUAGCGUCAAAAUGUGGAAACACAGGAAAAGUUAUAGGCGAGAAACGAACGAACCACGUGGAGGGUAUACAAAAAUGAGAAAAAAAUAAAAUAAUCUAGUCCCGUUCGAUAAACGUAGUAACUUUGAUUAUUGAAAACAGUUGAAAAUAAUUGACAAAAACAAUUAAAAAUAUGGUGGGAAAUAAUUGUACUCGUAAUUACCAAUAAAUACAAUGGAUUAUAACACAAAUCAACCAUUCGAUUACAUUCAGUGUAGAUUGAAUUGACAAAAAUACAAUAGUUCACAACCUACAGAAGAAAGAAUUAUAAAUUGUAGCCAGAUUAAAAACUCUCCCGUCGUCAUACAUCCCCUUUACGUCAUCAGUAAGAUAUACCAACCUAACCCAUCCUGGACGUUACAAAAAAAAACUCUCGAUGGAUUAGUCACCAGAUUAUCUACCAUAUUAGAGCGGCAAAGCUGAAAAGCAAAACGACAAACGCAACCAUACCCAUCCGGCACUUGAAUCCCAUAUGAAAACAAUUUAACAAGAAGAACAAUAAAUAUUCAAAAAAUGCGAAAA